GGUCGUGGGACAUACACUAAGACAGUCUUUUCUCUUUAAGAGCUGGUGCAAGAAGGCCUCCGGACAAAGGCAUUAAUACUAAGAGAGGAAGAAAAGAACCCUCCCAAAAUGCGUGUUGUACUGUAUUAUUGGAGGCGGUAGAAGCCUUAAUUAAUAUAUAAUAUAUAUAAUAUAACGCGAUAUAAAGAGAAAAAGAUGGUCAUGGUUUAAACUAGAUUGUCCCAGUUGGAGUUCUGACUAUAGCUGCAACCUAUCUCAUAUUGGGGAGACGAUCACAAACUAGAAAUUUCAUAAGAGAAGAAAGCGUAGAAUUCGAUUCAAAGUUUUUUUUUAUCCUUUGAAUUUCUCCGACCUACCGAGAUAGUCGCUGCCAUGCCAUCCCCCUUUUUUUUUCUCAUCAGAAUGAUAGGACUUAAUCAAGUCCUAUUCAAACUCCAGUUGCUACGAUGGCUUUUUUACUUUUUUUUACCUCUCUUUGGGCGUGUACCAAAGACCCCGUUCCGAGAAAGUUUUGGGGCAAGGUACUUUGGUACAAAAAGAGGGUCAUAGUUGUGUGCCGGCUCUAUCAGCUACUUUCCGAACAGAGGAAGAAGAGUUGGCGAAAUGAAAAAAGCUGACUCUUCGUCCUCUUCCUGUGAGAUGCCCAAAGACUCCCAUGCCUUUCUUGGUUGGACCAACCAGAUUUCCGACAAGUCUUUCUGUUAGAACAGGAAGCGGAACUACAAGUGAAUCUUAAUAAGUCAUGAUACUUUCGAUUACGCCCAACAGCCCGCUUGAGCAAUUUGCCAUUCUCCCAUUGAUUCCUAUGAAUAUAGGAAACUUGUAUUUCUCAUUCACAAAUCCUUCUUUGUUUAUGCUGCUAACUCUCAGUUUGGUCCUACUUCUGGUUCAUUUUGUUACUAAAAACGGAGGAGGAAACUCAGUACCAAAUGCUUGGCAAUCCUCGGUAGAGCUUAUUUAUGAUUUCGUACCGAACCUGGUAAACGAACAAAUAGGCGGUCUUUCCGGAAAUGUGAAACAAAAGUUUUUCCCUCGCAUCUCGGUCACUUUUACUUUUUCGUUAUUUCGUAAUCCCCAGGGUAUGAUACCUUAUAGCUUCACAGUUACAAGUCAUUUUCUCAUUACUUUGGGUCUCUCAUUUUCUAUUUUUAUUGGCAUUACUAUAGUGGGAUUUCAAAGAAAUGGGCUUCAUUUUUUAAGCUUCUCAUUACCCGCAGGAGUCCCACUGCCGUUAGCACCUUUUUUAGUACUCCUUGAGCUAAUUCCUCAUUGUUUUCGCGCAUUAAGCUCAGGAAUACGUUUAUUUGCUAAUAUGAUGGCCGGUCAUAGUUCAGUAAAGAUUUUAAGUGGGUUCGCUUGGACUAUGCUAUGUAUGAAUGAUCUUUUAUUUUUUAUAGGAGAUCCUGGUCCUUUAUUUAUAGUUCUUGCAUUAACCGGUCCGGAAUUAGGUGUAGCUAUAUCACAAGCUCAUGUUUCUACGAUCUCAAUCUGUAUUUACUUGAAUGAUGCUACAAAUCUCCAUCAAAGCGGUUUUUUAUUUAUAAUUGAACAAAAGCGAGCUCAAGAUCAGGAGCCAAAGCGGACCGAGAAGAAAGAAGAAAGGCUACUCACUAUUGGGUCAAACUGCAAUUCAUUUGAGAAGAGAACCGCCUUUAGUUCGGCUCGCCAUACUAAUAACAGAGAGUUGAAAUAGUUGGAGGAGGGAGAUCCUUCAGUCAAUCGACCCCGAAGAAAAGGUUUCCAGCUAUAGGGUUGGUUGGACGACGUACGGAUAAUCUCCGGAUUCGCCCUUCCGUAUUCAUCGAUAAGGGGAUGAUGAUCAAAAGAGGACUGGUACGUGAACGACAUUGGAUUCAAAUCCUGCUCAUAUCGAUCCAUCAUUAUAUGCUGUGUCGAAAGUGGGUACUGGUUUGGAGAAUCAAGAGACAUUAGACUUCAUGAAUUUGAGCAUCCUUAUGGAAUGUAUUAGCCCUAUCCAUCUGGAUCUGGAUUUGUUGGAUCCUCUUGUCAUCAAUCUGUCUCUUCUUGCUCAUCCAUUCCCGGGUUAGCAAGUCCAAUUCCUUUUGAUCCUUCUCCAAAUUCAUUCCCUGGUGUGUAUGCGGAAGCGGGGUAUCCUAGGCUAGGCUUGAACCUAGUCAAAGGUGUUUUGUGCCCUCAUGAUCCAGCUGGAGAGACUCUCCCAAGAAAAGGAGAAAAAACCCCUUAGAUCCGCUAGAUCUAUUGGGAUAAGCUCUGGAACUGGAGCUGCUUCUAUUCGUGUCCAAUCCCCGAGCCGGAAGGAAGGCUAUUCCAUUCUAGAGGGAAGGAUAAGAGCGAAUUCGAAUGAAUCUAAUGCGGCUCUUUUGAUUAUCGUUGAGACAAAUUCUUCGGUGUGUGAAAAGCAUCCUAACCGGAAAGUGGCAUCCGAACCCGGUGGUUA